CAUCAGUUCGCUUGGACAGCAAAACCCUUGAGCGGAAUGAUCGACGUGUCAGUGCGAAUACAUCUGUUACCUACCUCGUAAAAUGCUGCGCAGAUGUGCAGUGUGCCUGUUAUACGGACGCAAGCCUCGAGUCAUGGCCAUGCUGGUCCUGGUGGCUGUGGUUGUCCUUGUUAUAUUCAUCGUCCAACUACAGGAGAUAGGACGACGUCCUGACAGGGAAUGCUGUCUGUGCCCUGAGGCGGCACGAAUCGUCUUUCACCCGGAUACGAAGGACAGAAGUCUACGACAGCCGCAAGCCACAGUAGUGGGUCGGGAAUUUGCGAAGACUAUGUCACGGGAUCCCGGGCCUCAUAUUUUCAUGGUCAUUGCUCCAGGUACAUGGGUUACUGACUACCAUGUCUGCAGUGUGGAGUCAGCCGCUCUGCACCAUCCAGGCCAUAAUGUCCAUCUCCUGCUCCUGGGUGAGCGCUCCAAGGAUACCUUGUACAUGGACGCCACCCGCCUGACGCAUCUAAGCCACAUCAUAAACGUUCGGCUAUGGCAUAUCAAAACGGCGGACAUCUUUAUCGGAUCGCCCUUGCAACACUUGUACUACAAGGAAUUCUUGAGAAAUCCAUACUCGGGCGAUGGUACCCACGUAAUGGAUGCAGUCAAGGUCCUGCUAUUGUGGAUGUUUGGUGGAAUUAUUUUGGACCCAGACUUCGUUGUACUGAAGACGAUAGACGACGAUAAGUUCACUAAUGCAAUCGUGGAAGAUGGUAAAGAUUUUCCAACGAUUCACUUUCUUAGAUUUCAGAAGAACAGCAGCUUCUUAAGCACCUGGAUGAAAGAAUUUCAGGACAACUACAACGCUUACGACGCGCACGACGCUGGCAUCGUGGUACUGAUGCGUAGUAUACGUUCAGUGUGCAAUAUUAGUGCGUUGAAUGAAGUCGAUGUGAGCGGCUGCCAACUGACGGUGCUGAAAUCGAGGUAUUUUUUUCCAGUUCAUCAAAAAGAAGCCAAUGAUAUAUUCAAACGUGGUCGUGAUAUGACGUUGAUUGUGAAGAACAGCUUUGCGGUUUGGUUGUGGAGCGACAAAGUUCAUGUCCGUAUAAGUGAUUUGGACUUCUCUUUCUACAGAAAAUUAAUGAGAGAUCAUUGUCCGACCAUCAAUCUUAAUGGCGGUAGAUACGUGUACAGGAGAGGGUUACACGGUGAAAUGUAGUACUGGGACCACCUUUAGAGGCUUGCCCUGCUCAGUAAUCAUACAAACGCCGACACUCUCAUGAAAAGACCACAUGAUCCUGUCAUACCAAAUGUAUCGCACACAAGGCACACGUUUCCAAUUACUUUUCGUGUGACACUUUUUAUGUUACUGGCGCUGGUAAUUCCACGCUUCGAUUGUAUGCAAAAAUCCAUGACUAGUUGUGUGACCCCAGAGUAAAUCUACGUCGUCUUUCUCGUUUUAUGUGAUGGAGCUAACUGCAUAAAACCUACGCUCGCUGUGAACGAUAUGCCUCUUUCCUUACGAAAAUUACGAAAAUUUCCUUACUAAAAUUAACAUUGACUCUGUAUUGACUCUUUAUUUUGGGUCUAUGUACUACAUUGAUAUCCUAUUGCAUUUUACAGUUUAUUGACUUCUGUAAAUAGAAUCUCUAUGUCCUUCA